AUGGACCAUCCCAAACAGAGUGCUCAACAUCUUGAUCAGUCCCGGGGCUGUGGACAGCUAGCCCGAGGUCCACCUGGUACCACCGAUGAUCUUCCAAGUUUGGAAGGGAUCAAGCCCCCACUGUUCUUUGUUUUUAUGAUUCUGGUCUACUUGGGUCUGCCGCCCCUGCUUCGCUACAUCAUCGGUCACGUCACGCCGACGCUGUUGAUUCUCCAGCUAUCUCAGCAGGAUGAGGCUGCACCGGAAAAAUCAGAGAAAGUGAUUAAACAGCGAGCCAAUUUCAGAAACGUUGGAGACAUUUUUCGCCUCAUUUAUCGGGCUCAGGAUCUAUACACCUUCGUGCGCGCACUGGUCAUCGGCUCCAUCUACGGGCUGGCGACUAGUGCCGUCACCGGCACGCUAAAAUGGAUUCUGUUUCGACAUGAGUUAUUCACACCCUUAGCUUAUGCAUGUUCCUGUGCAAUUCUAUGUCAGCUUCAUCUUGUUUUCACUUGUGCUACUGUCUCGGCCAAGCACAUCCCAUUUCGGUCCUUAUGGAGAAACACUGGCCAGAACCGGUGGAAGCACCUGGUCAUCCCAGCCUUGCUGUACGGUCUUUCACGGGCCUCAAUGGAACAGCUCUAUGAUAUCGUGACGAUGGCUAUCACACUUAGUCUAGCGGAGGCCCAAUUUUGCCCCCUGAAAUGGAAACUGUGA